CAGGCCUCUAGAAAGGAGUGAUCAUGGCGGGGAGGGAAAGGACAACAGUGCAGAGGCUACAGUAACUGCAACAUGUACUGAAGUGUGUGGAGGAGAUCUUCGAGACAGAUCAUGCUCUAAAAUCUGCUUAGUCAGUGUCUAUCCUACCGGACAAAAGGACAGGGCAAUCAAACUUUAUGCUAUUCUAGAUGACCAAAGUAAUAGGUCCCUGGUCAGGUCAGAGUUCUUUGAAAUCUUCGGUUCAAAAGGCCAGCAGUUUCCAUAUUCUCUCAGAACCUGUUCAGGGGUGAUUAACACUUCAGGAAGAAGAGCGCAAGGGUUUGAACUACAGUCUCUUGAUGGCAAAGUCACAAUCCCAUUACCCACACUCAUUGAAUGUAAUGAGAUACCAAAUGACAGGACGGAGAUCCCAACCCCAGAAGUGGCUCUUCAUCACAAACAUCUAAAGUCACUUGCUAGUGAGAUACCCAAACUUGAUCCAUCAGCAUCUAUCCUUAUGCUGUUAGGAAGAGACAUAAUUAGGGUCCAUAAAGUGAGGCAACAGAUCAACGGACCACAUAACGCUCCCUAUGCACACAGAUUAGACACAGGAUGGGUCAUAGUGGGCAAUGUAUGCCUGAAAGGAGUCCAUAGACCAGACUUAGUACACUGUCUUUACACCAGAACCUCAGAAGAGAGCUGCAGAUCCCUCUUUCCACCUUGUCCAUACUUCUACAAUGUGAGGGAAAACUAUGACAUGAAUGUAUGGGUAACUAUGCAAUCCUCAGUGUCUACGUACAAAUCCUCUUGCAAAGAGUUUGAGGAUUAUGUAAGCCACAGUAUCUUUCAGAGAACUACAGAAGAUGAGACGGUUGCUCCUUCUCUGGAAGAUCUUGCCUUUAUGAAAACAAUGAAGGAGGGUUUCUACAGAGCAGAAGACAGUAGCUGGGUAGCUCCUCUACCCUUCAAACCAGAAAGAAAGCAGCUACCAAAUAACAAAGAACAAGUCUUGCAACGUUUCAGGUCCCUACAGAGGUCUCUUAAAGUAAAACCUGAGAUGAGACAGCAUUUCUUUGCAUUUAUGGGAAAGGUAAUCCAAAAUGGCCACGCAGAGAUAGCUGCACCAGUAACCAUUCAAGGGAAAGUUCUUCUUCGUGAUCUCACCUCUGAGACUCAAGAUUGGGAUGCACCCCUGCCUGAAGGUAAGAGACUGUCAUGGGAAGAUUGGAAAGAGUCCCUUCACCAGUUGAAGCACAUACAGGUAACUAGACCCUAUGUAUCUGUUUCUUGUUCUAAUGCUCAAUACAAAGAACUUUGUGUGUUUUCAGAUGCUUCCACGCAAGCAAUUGCAGCAGUGGCCUACUUAAAGGUGAUAGAUUCUGAAAGUCAGGUCCAGAUAGGUUUUGUGCUAGGAAAAGCUAAGUUAGCCCCAUGUCCAGAACUUACAGUCCCACGACUCGAACUCUGUGCAGCAGUCCUCGCAGUGGAUAUAGCUGCAUUCAUAACAAAAGAAAUUGACACCAAUAUAGACUCUGUCAGCUACUUCACAGACAGCAGAAUAGUUUUAGGCUACAUUUGCAAUGAGAAAAGAAGAUUUUAUGUCUUUGUUAGCAACAGAGUUCAGCGAAUAAGAAGAUCCUCUCUCCCUGAACAAUGGCACUAUGUGUCAACAGAGAGCAAUCCAGCUGAUCUGGCCACAAGAUCUGUAUCAGCAGCACACCUGAAAGAUACUAUGUGGUUCACAGGUCCACCCUUCUUGAGUCAUUCUCACCACUUGAAACUAGAGACUGAAACCUUUACAUUAGUGGAUCCGGCUCAAGAUACAGAGAUUCGUCCACAAGUUACAACCUUGAGUACAACAUCCAAAGGUAAAGAACUAGGGUCUGGACGUUUUUGCAGGUUCUCUAGCUGGAAUACUUUGACGAGAGCAUUAGCACGCCUCAUUCAUGUAGCACAUCUGUUCAAACAAAAAAGAGAAAGCCAACUAGAUCAUUGUAAGGGCUGGCACCUUUGCAAAGAACUAAACUUGGUGCAUGACUUUAAGAAAGCUAGAACAGUCAUCAUACAGAAUGUUCAAAAAGAGAUUUUUGCAAAAGAAAUACAGAGCAUUUUAGAAAAGGAAGGCAUGCCAAAUGAUAGUCCUCUCAGAGCAUUUUACCCUUUCAUAGAUGAAAAUGGACUACUGAGAGUAGGUGGUCGCUUGAGAAAUGCAGACCUAGGACCAGAAGAAAGGAAUCCAAUUAUUGUGCCUGAACAGAUCCACCAUUCACUCACAUUGGCCUUGAUGUAUUUGGGCCAUGGACAGUCUGCUCAAGACGUACACGAGGAGGCUCUGCCGACAGCAAAAGAUGGGCAGUUCUUUUUACUUGUCUAAAUAUCAGAGCCAUUCAUAUUGAAGUGAUAGAAUCCAUGGA